AAAAAAUCGUGUAAUUUGAUCGUUAUUUAUUGAUACAAAAUUAUCGGCUGAAAUCACCACAUUUGUAACAUUUGCAUUCGGCCGGUUCUCUCAAUUUCACGUCCAUGGAAUUGACAGUUUCGGCCGUGAGACGGACGCCGUCAGGGUCGUAGCAAUGGGUGAGAGUGAUGGUGCGUUCCCUGAGGAAGCUUUCCCUGCAGCAGUAACAUUCCUGGAGGAAAAAUUAAUCAACGAUGUAUUAAAUGACUCACUUUGAGGAAUCCAGUUGGGGUGAUGACCGACGGCUGGACUUGGCUUUUGCACGAGCCUUCGCAUUUGUUCACCGCCACCUCCCCAUUGCAUAUUCUCUGUAGGCGCCCCAAUUCGUCGAAUUCCUCUGAAAAUGACAAAUUCGCAUGGGAUUUUUCACAAUUUUGGCUUCACCUUUUAUCAAAUUGAUGUCAGACAUGAGUGUUUCGCACGUUUCCUCCGAUAUUUCCGAUACGGAAUAGACACAAGUGGCGUACACGAGACAGAGUAUGAUUUUGUCGAACAUUUUAGUUUGACUGUGGGGGUAUUUCAGCUACGUUCGUUUUUAUACCGUCGACGGGUGAAACCCCCGACUGUUCUUACACGAUUUGCGAAUUUGCAAUAAAGUGGAAAAACGGAAAAUUCGAUUUUCAGGUGCGCGCGGUUAAUGUAUUUAUUUUUUCAUUGAAAAUGUCCGAUAAUUCUGAAGAGAAGGGGCAAAACGACAAGGAAGACAACGUCUGUAGGGAUUUCAUACGGGGGAUUUGCGACCGGAGAUAUUGCAAGUACAAACACGAAACGGACAUGAAGACUUUGAAUUUUUGCCACGACUAUCAGAAUAAUAUCUGUCCCAGGCCCACUUGCAAAUUCAUUCAUUGCACUCCAGAGGAAGAAUUCGAGUACAAAAACACUGGAGUCAUGUCGAAUCAUAUUCUCGCUGAGGCAACCCGGAAAAAUCAAUUACCCGGAGCUCAACCGAUUUGUAAUCAAUUCCGGAAGGGUUUAUGCAGACGCAGCUUUUGCAAGUAUCGACAUUUGACCCGCGAGGAAGAAGAUGCAGAAAUCAUGGAAUUGAUACAACACAACAAUAAGAAAAACUUGAUUUGUAUCAAUAAUCCUCUGACUGAAUCUCAAGUAAUGAAUACGCCAAGUAACGGUCUUCAUAGACGAAAUCCGAUAAGUUACGAUGAAUAUGAAGAUUGUGGGUUACAACUCCCUAAACGUCGGUUCAUUGCGGAACCGGAAAUACUUACUAAUGGAGGGGAAUUGCAUUCGGUUGAGCCGAACCGAGUCCGGGCUGUUUUCAAGGGUUACUUUGCGGGGAAUCCCCCACCUCCAAUGCUCAGCCGAGUCGAUGCAAGGACUUUAAUGUUGGAAGAAGAGAACAACAUGUUACACAAAGAAAUCGCCCAGUUGAAGCGCCAAGUGUCCGAUUUGACGGCCACUAACGAGUUCCUCCUCGACCAAAACGCCAAUCUCCGUGUUUCCAAUAAGCGCAACGAAGGCGUCUCGAUGCCCGCCGUCACUAUAACCAACACCAACACUCCUCAAGUGAUCCGAACGGUGACGGCGAGCGUUGCCACCGUUCCGGUGUCGUUGGCCACCGUUUCGACUUGUAAUCCCGUAUCAGUGUCAAUUGCGGGUGUUCCCACCGUUUCGAUGGCGCCCCCUGCACAAAUCCUCGCCCCUAGUCAACAAAUCCUCGUUACGACAAAUCCCUCGACGCAGGCGCAAUUAGCGAUAGCCCAGCAGAAUUUGGCCAAUAAUCUCGCUCAACAAGCCCAACCACAAUUGACAUCGCAAGCUCAAUUGGCAUUGGCUACGACUACCCAACAGUUGACUUUGGCUAACACGCAACAAGCGCAACAAUUGGCCAAUCAACAGCAACAGUUGGCUAAUCAACAGUUGACCUCGUUGGCUAAUACGUCGCAAGCGCAGCUAGCGCAACAGUUGCUCACGCAAAAUCAACAGAUUGAGAUGCACAGAAAUGCGAUUAAUACGUCGCAAGUGAAUGCAAUGUCGAAUACGACACAACCGAUGGUGUCCUAUCCAAUUAUGACGCAAAGUAUCAAUCAUGCGUUGACACAUUAAAGGGAUUUUUACUAAAGUGUAGUUUAGUGAAGACUGAAGUAGGCUAAGGUUUGUUUCAAGCUUGUAUAUAGGUUCAGUUUUUCGGUUUUUAAGAACAUGUGCUUAGUUCAGUGUCGUUUUGGUAAUGAUAAGUGGUUUGUGCAAAUCAUGUACAAAUUUUUCUUAAUUUAGCUAUUUGAUAAACAGUUUUCUCUUCGUUCUAAAAAUGUUAAUAUACUUAAAAUAAACUUAUUUAUGUCGAAGUUUUUCUAAA